AUGGCCCCGACCGCCGCGCCCGACCGCUCCCUCUCGCCCGCCUCGUCGUCGACCUCUCGCCGCACCCCUCAGCCCGUCGUCGCACCCAAGAAGGGCUCUGCCCCGCCGCCAAAGCCCCAGAACCUCUUCAAAAACGACGGCUCGUUCCUGUCCAAGUUCAAGAAGCAGCUCAGUCCGGAGGAGCAGGAGAAGCAGGACCGCGAGGCGGCCAUUGCUCGCAUUACCGACACCCUCGACCGCCCCCAUCGAAACCUCAAAAAGGCCCUCGACGAGCGCAUAAAGAACCGCGGCAAGCGACCGCUGCCCGCCGCCGCCGACGCCGCCAACCCUUCGAGCAAGAAGCCCAAAGCAGACGACGCCGAGCAGACGGCGUACCAGGCCGAGGUCAAGCGCCUCAGUGCGCGCGAACUCAGCGACGACCGCCUCGUAAAGCCGCUGCUCAAGUGA